AUGUUAUUAUGUGAGACAAUGAGGUGGGGUGUUGGAUAUUGCAAUCUGUUGCGGUGCAAGUUCUUCAUCCUUCUGGUCCUGGUCGGAUGCAGCGAUGGAUACUUGAACAUCUUUAUCAGCCAGUCCCAGGUCAUGAAGCUCUUGGGACUCGAAGCUGAGCUGUACUACGUCAGAGAAGGGGUAGUCAAUACGUACGCGAUGAACUUUGUCGUUCCAGUGCCAGCGAGCAUCGCGGACCUCGAAUUUUCCUGGCAGAGUCUUGUUGGACACCCGUUGUCGUACUCGAUGGAGCUGGAUUACGACGUGGUGGGUGUACCGGGUGGCGCCGGAAUGAUGGCGCUGCUUCCUCCCAAAGUGAACGUGUCGGCCAGAGGCGAAGUACCAGUCACGUUACAAGUCUUCAGGAUCAGAUUACCCUGCUCGGGUCUCGUCAGCGCCGAAAUUCCUCUAGCUUUGAGGUUGAACGUCACUGCCCCGCCAGGAACCAGAUACAACGACACCAUUUUAGUUUUCAAGAGGAACAAAAUUUGCUUCAGAGGAGUGGAAGCGCCUCCGAGGAACGAUUCGGUUCGUUUGGAGCCAGGACCCCUGGUAAACGGCGCUGGUGCGCUUUAUGUCGCCGCGACGUGUGCGUGCGCCUUAAUAUUAGUCGUCGGAAGCGUCGUGAGCGCCUUGUAUAUUCGCAACAGCAAGGCUCGUAUCCAGGAAUCGCAGAAAACACUGCCCUGCUGCAGCUAUUCAGCGGCAGACACCGGCGGCUUGGCCAGAAGUUCUGUUCUGGUUAGGGUCGACCCACGGCCCGGAAGCGCGAAUUCCGGAAGUUACGCGACCAUCGCGGACCUGGAGCCACUGUACGCGAGACCCUGCGGUUCCAGAGCGAGUUACUACGCUUCCAGCCAUGUGACGCAUCUUAGCCAGUCGACCGAUCCGUGCGAGAAGGCCAGGGCGCUAGCUGUGUCGAGGUCGGCAUUAUACUGUCGCAAUCUCGUGCAGGAGGGCACGUUCGGCCGCGUUUACAAAGGCACAAUGGAGCUGGCUGGCCGGGAACAGGAAGUCAUCAUAAAGACAGUGACAGAAGUGGCGUCGACUUAUCAGGCCUCUUUGCUGGUGGUGGAGGGCUCGCAAUUGGCGGGGUUAGUGCACGCAAACAUAGCUUCGCUAGCAGCCGCCUGCCUGGACAGUUCCUGCCCGUUAUUGGCGUACAUGAGUACGACUGGCGAGCUGAAUUUAAAGUUGUACCUCACCGACGGGAACCACCAUCCUGUGACCAGGGAUCUCGUGCACGUUGGCGCGCAGGUUGCCAGGGCAGGGGCAUUCAUGCACGGUCGAGGGCUUCUACACAGGGACAUCGCUGCCAGAAAUUGCCUGAUCGAGCCAUGCAGUCUUCGCGUGCGAUUAGCCGACACUGCAUUGGCGCGAGACCUUUUCCCUCAGGAUUACCAUUGUCUGGGCGAUAACGAAAACAGACCCAUUCGUUGGAUGGCCUUGGAAACACUCCAGCACAAUCAGUACAGCACGGCAACGGACGUGUGGUCGUUUGGCGUGUUUCUGUGGGAGCUGGCGACUCUGGGUCAGCAACCGUACGUCGAAGUGGACCCGUUCGAAAUGAUGGCGUGUCUUCGCGAUGGCUAUCGAUUGGUCCAACCUAGACCGUGCCCCGACGAACUUUUCGCCGUGAUGGCCGUCUGUUGGCUAGGUCUUUCCAGGGACCGACCGACCAUGCCUCAGCUUCUCGCCUACUUGCAAGACUUCCACGACGCCCUCGGCGGAUUCAUAUAAACAAAAACGUUCCGCGAUGUUCCAUAAAAUGUACUAACUAUUAAGCGUUCGAACGACGUUGCGUGAAAUGUUUACGAAACGACAAACAACUCCAGAGAAGAAGAGAGACUCUCGACAACCGGAUUAUCCGAACCAACGAAUGCAACGAGGAGAAAAACACUUUCGUAAAGUGUCACGAGCACGCGUUGUUCCGGUGGUCCCGGUAUAACGAACGUAGAAACCCUAAAAAAGUCACACGAAACCGAGAAGAGAAGAAAAGCACUGCCCAUUUGCGAUUAUAUUGAUUGUAGGCGACAAUACUCGACGCGUUUCGUUUUCGAAAUUCCGUUUCGAGGGCAUCGGAGAAUCAAAACAAGGGAAGAUCGACGCGAAUGCAUCCGUCCAUAGCAGUUAACCAAAGAGGGGGGGAAAAAAAGAAACACUUUGAAGCGCACAACGUUUUUUUAUAGCUUUGACAGGUAAACGCGUACGCGGCUGGAAAUCGCGACGACGCCCGCGACGCUGCAACCGACGCUGCUGCUCGCGCGUACCGGGCUGGCAUUCCCCAGGCGUGUCUCGAGAACGCUUUUUCAGAACACGCGAAACAGAAAACGAAAGAGAGUACCUCUGCUUGCAAAGUGUAAAGCUGACGCGAUCGUGAGUUGAGAAUCUUAAGUGAAAAUGUAUUUCUCCUUAUCAAAAAUACUCUUGUAACUUUCCAUGCAUGGACCGUAAAAUAUCCUGAUUAUCGGAGCUUCGAAAUCGUGUGAAAAAUUUCUGAAAGCUUGCUCGAGAUUCUUAACACGGUAGCAGUUUGCUUGUGCAAGCAUCGAUGUCACUUUGGACACCUGGAAAAGGCGACGAAAAAUUUCUAUAGCAAUAAACGUUCUGCCUUCUAUUCUAAAGUCCGUGCAUCGCCAUCCGUGUUACGUAAUAGUUUUAAAAGAGCUAUCGAAUGUUUGUCCACCGUAAAAUGACAAUUUUGUAAUUAUCGAGAAUAUUGUUCGGAACGAAAAUCGCGAAGAUUUCCAAACAGGUUCGAUAGUUUUUUAAAAAGAGAUUUCCAAACGUCUGUCAAUUCGUAGA